AACGACUCCGUCAUCAGCCCAUUCAGCCGUCGUCAAGUGCUCUGCCGGCCGCCGCCAGUACUGAAAUGGGAAAGAAGAAAACCGAAGAUAGUGGUGCACAUUCAAAGGCUAAUCUCAACAAGGGAGAGGCUUCUAAGGAUGGGAAGAGGUUAUCAGUGUCUGCCAUGUUAGCUCGUAUGGAUAAAAAAGCUGAAGGACCGGUCCUGAGCAAACCUAAGGGGAAACCAAAAGUUUCGUCAUACACUGAUGGCAUUGAUCUUCCUCCUUCUGAUGAUGAGGAUGAGGUUGAGGAGAAGCUGAAUGUUGUGCAGAAGAAGAAAACCCAGAGGUCUGACAAUGCAAGUGCACUUGAUGUUGGUCUGACUGCUAAAGAGAGGAAAAAGCGCGAAAAGAAGGACAUUCUUGCAGCACAAGCUGCUGAACAUGCAAAACAGGCGGCCCUCAAUGAUGAUGAUGAUCCUUUCGAUGUGAAACUCCCCACCAAAACUUCAGUACUCGAAGGGGAUGAUGAUGAUGAUGAUGCCAGUUCAAAUGUGAAAGAUAUUACUAUUGAGAACUUUUCUCUGUCGGCUCCUGGAAAAGAACUCCUGAAGAAUGCAACAGUGAGGAUAUCUCAUGGCAAAAGAUAUGGUUUGGUUGGCCCAAACGGUUGUGGUAAAUCCACAUUGUUGAAGCAUCUUUUUCACAGAAAGGUUCCGGUUCCAAAGAACAUCGAUAUCCAUUUGGUUGAACAGGAAGUGAUCGGCGAUGAAAAAUCCGCCCUAGAAGCUGUCGUCUCUGCUAAUAAGGAGCUUGUCGAACUUCGCCAACAAGUUUCAGAUUUGCAGAAAUCUGAAGAAGAAGACGAUGGUGGAGAGAAGCUUGGUGAAUUGUAUGAGAGAUUACAGUUGUUAGGGUCUGAUGCAGCUGAAGCUCAAGCCUCAAAAAUUCUGGCUGGGUUGGGCUUUACUCAGGACAUGCAGGCCCGUCCGACUCGGUCUUUUAGUGGUGGUUGGAGGAUGAGGAUUUCGCUGGCAGGUGCGCUCUUCAUGCAACCAACGUUGUUGUUGCUUGACGAACCAACCAAUCAUCUUGAUUUGCGGGCUGUUCUGUGGUUGGAGGAGUACUUGUCCAGAUGGAAGAAGACAUUGGUGGUGGUUUCUCAUGAUCGUGAUUUCCUUAACUCGGUCUGCAACGAGAUCAUCCAUUUCCACGAGUUCGAUCUCCACCACUACCGUGGCAACUUUGAUGAUUUCAUUGCCGGGUGUGAGCAGCGUAGGAAGGAGAGAAACAAGAAGCAUGAGAAACACGAGAAACUAAAUAUGGCUGCCAAACGGAGUGGGAACCAGGUACAAAUAGCCAAGGUUAAGCAGCGAGAGGCCCCAGAGAAGUGGACAGACUACGAAGUCGAGUUCCACUUUCCGGAACCUACCGACCUCACCCCACCACUCCUCCAGCUCAUCGACAUCAGCUUUACCUACCCGAAUCGCCAAGACUUCAAACUGUCUGAUGUGGACGUAGGCAUUGACAUGGGCACUCGUGUUGCCAUAGUCGGACCGAAUGGAGCUGGCAAAUCUACACUUCUCAAUCUUCUUGCCGGUGAUUUACUCCCAACCGAAGGAGAAAUUCGCAGGAGUCAGAAGCUGAGAAUUGGAAGGUAUUCACAGCAUUUCGUUGAUCUCCUCACUAUGAACGAAAAUCCGGUGCAGUACCUCCUUCGUCUCCAUCCAGACCAAGACCAACCCAGAAAAGUGGAGUCAACACGCUCAAAGCUUGCCAAAUUUGGUUUAAAAGGGGUACACCACCUGACCCCUAUUGCGAAACUGUCUGGGGGACAGAAAGCCAGGGUUGUCUUCACCUCAAUAUCAAUGUCGAAGCCCCACAUCUUACUGCUCGAUGAACCCACAAACCACUUGGACAUGCAGAGUAUUGAUGCGCUAGCCGAUGCCAUAGACGAGUUCACUGGAGGAGUUGUCCUUGUCAGCCACGAUUCCAGAUUGAUAUCCCGCAUGUGUGAGGAUGAGGAGAAGAGCGAAAUCUGGGUGGUGGAGGAUGGAACUGUUACGACAUUCCCAGGAACAUUUGUGGAUUACAAGGACCAGCUGUUGAAGGAGAUCAAAGCGGAAGCGGAGGGAUGAUUUAUUUAAAAGUGCAAUGUAGAGAAUGAGGUCUGACGGUCAGUUAAAUGUGCAAUAAAAUAAAGCCAGCUACAAGAACAUCAUUGACGCAAAAUUUUCUCAUUUGACUUUUGAUGGUCAAGGUUUUAUAACUUUGAUCAUAAUAUAUGGAAAAAGUAUUUUGCAUUAUGAUAGAUAUAAGGUCAAUGAAUUUAUUUUGAAAUU